CGCCUCGCCCUCUCACUCUCCUCCUCCCCUCCCGGCUCUUUCACAGCCCCCCUUUCCCUUGCCGUCCCCACCGCAUCUCCCCUGUCCAGCUGGGCGGGGACUGCUUUACGACUCUGUAAAGUCUGUGAGUCACUGCACAACCCAUCAAUCCAAUUAAAUGUCUUGAGCUAGCCGAGCAGGCGGUGCUGCUGCCGCGGCCGCUCGCCCCGCCGCGGCCGCCCCUGCACGCAGCGCCCCUCUGAUCCAUGGCUGUCUGUCUGUACUUGUUACGGUGUAACCUCCUCCUCCGCCUCCUCCGCCUCCUCCUUGGGAGCCGCUGCAACUUCCCCUCAGCCAGCCUCCUCCUCCGCUUGGGGACUGCAAAGGCAUGGGAUAGACAUAGAGCCACUUCUGUCACUCCUCCAGCCCUCGCUCAGUCUCCCCCCUUUAAAUUAAAGUCUGAUCCUUGCUUCUCAUCGUUUUAGAGGUUUAUUUGUCAGUCUUUUUAUUUCCCCGGAUUUUAUUUUCCCUUCCUGGGACAGGGGGGUCGCAGGGGCCGGUGGGCUUAUUUUAGGGAAGGGGCUUUCUCCUCCAUCCCCUCGUUGCUCCUCGUCCCUUUUCGGCAGUGACUUGGUUUCCCUGCUCCGCUCCACUCCCACCCCUCGAACUCACCGUCCUGCACUCUAGUGACGCACCGACACCCCCCGCCCACAGCCCAGACGUCCCCUCCCUCGCUGCCACCCCGACCCGUCUCGGAGCUGGACCGGGUGCCGACUUCGCUGAAGGGACUUUGGGUUUGGCGGCUCAGGAUGUUUGAGUGAGGAAAUAGCCUCUGCUAGCCUGCUUGAAGACACUCGUCACACGUCAUAGCUUCUUUUUUCUUCAAACUGGGUAGCUCUGUGAGGAAAAGGCAUCAUUCUGAGUCAUUAGUGCUACUGUGAAUGCCUCGUUUUUAUAAUUUUUAGUGUCAGCAUGGGCACUUCUGGACCCUUCAGCAGCCAGUAGUCACACCAGUUGUCACACAGGACGGUGUGGUUGAGGAGACCCGGGACUCUUAUUAGGAGCCUUUCACUUGAGAGCUGUUAACUAGUGACACGGGCAUACAGAAACGUGCACAGGUCCUGAGUGUGCAGGCCAGUGACUCAUCGAACAGCAGACGCCAGCCUCUUCACCCUGGUGAGGACGUAGAGUGAGACCCACUCCCGGGGAGCCCAGAGCCCCACUAGGAGCUACCCUUCCCUGACGGCAGACACCAAGACUGAGCUCUACCCUGUAAACCGACUGUUGAGACAACAUGUCACUUAAUCGUGAAGCCCGCUACACUCCUGAGAAAGGAAAACCCUGGAUUUCUACUUGUCACUUACUGGUCCAAAAGGAAAUUGGAACAAGCUCUUGAAAAUGUACACAAGAUAUAUGUUGGGGAAAGGAGGAAAACGGAAGUUUGACGAGCAUGAAGAUGGGCUGGAAGGCAAAAUCGUGUCCCCGUCAGACGGUCCGUCCAAGGUGUCUUACACCUUACAGCGCCAGACUAUCUUCAACAUUUCCCUUAUGAAGCUCUACAACCACAGGCCCCUCACCGAGCCCAGCCUGCAAAAGACCGUGCUCAUCAACAACAUGUUGCGGCGCAUCCAGGAGGAGCUGAAGCAGGAGGGCAGCCUGCGGCCCGCGUUCCCCGCCUCCGCGCCGCCCGCCGCUGCCGCCGACCCGCUGGGCUCCAGCUCCCGGGAGGCGCCGCCCGCCUUCAGCCAGCCCGCUCCCGCGCCCUGCGAGCUGGGCGGCGCCGCGGCCCUGGAGGCCUGCCUCACCCCCGCCUCGCUGCUCGAGGACGACGACCCGGACACGUUUUGCACUUCGUCGCCGGCUGCCCCCGCCAGACUCGCGCCUCCCGCCCUCCUCCCGCCGGAAAAGGACAGCUUCUCCUCCGCCCUGGACGAGAUCGAGGAGCUCUGUCCCACAUCUACCUCCACGGAGGCCGCGGAGGCCGACGGCCCGAAAGGGGACUCCUCCUCCGGGGGGCCUGGCGCUCCUCAGAGACCCGAGGGGCUGCAGGAGGGCGGCCGGCCCGAGGACCCGAAACUGAUGGACUCCCUGCCUGGCAACUUUGAGAUCACCGCGUCCACGGGCUUCCUCACAGACUUGACCCUGGACGACAUCCUGUUCGCCGACAUUGACACGUCCAUGUACGACUUCGACCCCUGCACGUCCGCGUCGGGGACCGCCUCCAAGAUGUCCCCCGUAUCGGCCGAUGACCUCCUCAAGACGCUGGCCCCCUACAGCAGCCAGCCCGUCGCCCCGAGCCAGCCUUUCAAGAUGGACCUCACCGAGCUGGACCACAUCAUGGAAGUGCUGGUUGGGUCCUGAGCCCCGGGGCCCCCGUACCUGCUCCCCACCCCACCCCACCCCCCGCACCCCGACAGCUCUCCGCACUGUGCAUGCACCCUUGCUUGCCUUUUUCUGAGAAGAACAUUCUACAAAAGGAUCACACUAGUUUUUGCUUUGAGCAGAGUUGGAGUGCCUUCAUCCAAGUAUGACCACUUUUAAUACGCUUUUUUUGAGUGGUUCCUCAGAGACCUACUACCCGGGAAUAAGAAAGAAUACAUUUGAAGACGAUGUGGCUGUGUUGAAUGACAAAAACAGUUCAAGUGAAGCACAAGGAAUAAGUUGGGAAAGCUGUAAAUUGCAUGUGCAUAUUUGUCUAUUUUUUCUAUAAGUUUUAUUGCAAGAGUUAAAAAAAAAAAGAAUAUAUAUAUAUAUAUUAUUUAGAUAAUCUCAGUACCUUUUCCGGCAUUUUCGCCCUGUAUAGGUUGACUUGGCAAUUCAGCCUUUUUAGAGGCAUUAACUACUCCUCGUAAGUGUUGCAUUUACAUGGCUGUUUAGAAACUGCUGCCCAAAUUUAUUUUAUAUUUUUGUACAGAUUCUGCAGUUUAUGAUAUUGUUUUUCUAAAAACAAAUGCUGUUUAUACAUAUGAGAUAGCUAUUUUGAUAGGAUUUGCUCACAUAGUUCCUGCAAACUUCAGAUGUACAAGUUGCACUUGUACUUUUAUAGAGUUGUAAUGUUUUAUAUGUGUUUGGUGCAAAGAGAAAAUUGGAUCAAAUCAAUCCGCAGUUGAUGUCCCCAGAUGCAAACACACACACACACAUACACAGCGCUUUAGAAAGGGCCAGGAGAUAUCACACCCAUAUUUCAUGAGCACUGACCCCCUGGCAUGAACACCCGCCAGCACUGUGACUUCCAAAGCCAGAGCCACGUGUGCUCAUCAAGCUUGCAUUAAGCAGUUGGCGGGAGGCAGCCAUGGAGCUCCGGGUUUACAUGAUGGUUCUCUUUCGCUCGCUCUCUGAAGGGGAAGGCUACCAAGUAUUCUAUUUAUGCCAAGUCUGCGCUUUUAAUUGUUUUUAUUUUUUUUAAACAAAACCCCAGAUCUUUCCGUUUUGGGCAUAAUUUUUAUGAAGACCUGAGAUUUUACACACUAACAGAAUUUUAUGAAAAGCGACCAACCUCUUCAUGGAACUAAACCCUAUUGCAAUGCUUAGGGCUCACCAAGAAGGAACUCUUCCCCCGGAAGGCAUCCAUCAUGUUGCUCAGUUGUCUUUUCCGGCUUCCCUUCCCUAGAGCUUUCGUUCCCUCUGUUGCUAAGUGCUGAAAAUGGCAUCGUUACGAUCACCACAGUGAGCCUGACUCUCCUCGGCCCAGCCUGGGAUGCACUCGUGUGACGCCCAUGGCUCUUGAACCAGGAGUUGGCCCCGUUACAUCACGGCCUCUGAUCUGGUUGCUUUCUCGAAUCAACUGCUUUAACUUCAUUUUACAAGGCUGUUUUACCCAAAUACACAGGACUUUCUAUGCAUGUCCCCCUCUGCCCCUACUUUGCCAUCCUCUCUCUGCCAGGAGAACUAGCCUUUUAUUCCUAGUGAUCUACUUUUAAUUUUAGAAUGUUUGCGAUGUAUCAUGCUUGUUGCCGAAAUUGUUUAUGGCCUUUCUGUCUCAGUUUUUUCUUUUCUUCCGAUGGUACUUCUGCUGGUUACAACCUAUAUUGUUGAAACGCAGAUGGCUUCUUUAGGAGUAACUUUUAUAUUUAUUUAAGAAUUUUUAAAUUAUGGGAUUUGUGUUGUUGUUGUUGUCUUUGUUGUUGGUCAUUUGUCAAUAUUCAGUCACCAAUUCUGCUCACUUCUUGCCAUGGAUAAAAUUGAGUCUUUCUGGCCAAUUAAAAAAAGACAGCUUUAUAAAAUGGCACUUUAUACAAGCCAUAGAUAGUUUUAUUUUUAUAAUGCACAUGGCAAAGCAAAUACAUUUGUGAUGAAGGAACUGCUCAUCUAAGCAAAAGAUUCAUGUAUGAUAUGAUUAAAUCUUUCUACAUUCUGAUUUACUCCCCCCCUACCCCAGGCCCCCCCCCCCCACCUAAAUGUGUUUUUAAAGGCUAAUUAUCAACUCAUUUAAGCAGUGAGAAAUCGAUCAAAUUGCACUGUUCUCCUGUAAGCACCCUCCACCAGACACCUCUUACUACUACAGAUGUGUCAUUCCCUAUAAUAGGACCAGGGACCACAUAGUUAAGGUGAGGGUUUUUGUAGAUGCUUCCAGUGUCACUGUGCCUGUCCAUUUGAAGGGCUUCCUUUUCCUGUAGAGAACAAGACCGCCCAGACGCCACGCUUCUGCUAGCUGGAGGACCCAGCAAACCCUGCACAUGCCGCACACAGACACAUCCGUGUCCGUGCUCAAUAGUGUUCAUUAUCCCGGACAGUAACAGGGUAAGGCAGCUGAUUUGCCAUUGUUAAAAACUGAUUGAUAGUAACUUAGAACAACUGUACUUUGGUUGGAUUAGCAAAUUGUGUUUUUAAACAAGUCCCAUAUGUUGGGCAGCAGUUCAAAUAAGCACUGCGAAAUGUUGCCCACACGUGGUUCUCCCACUGUCCCGCAUUGAUAAGGCUGGGCUUCAGGAUCAAAACAAAAACCCCCAACAGCAGCAUGCAAGUGCUUUUUAACUCUGGAUACCCUUGCCAUGAAUUCUUGGUAUUCAAGGUCUAAUGAGGAAGAACAAGGGAAGUUAGUGGCCCUUUUUCGAAAGAACAAAACCACCAAGUGUUCCAGUUAUCUUUGUGUCUUAUUUUGACAAAGCGAUGUCCCAACAGGGAAGAACGUGAGCCUGUGUGUGAUCUCCAAGCCCCAGUUCGAGCGUGGGACGUGCGUCCACAUGCCACCGGCGGCAGUGCCUUCCCCCUCCUGAAGGACACCACAUGGGUUUCAGAGUCAGGCAGGCAAUGUGAGGUGCCUUUAUGAGAGCGACAUGCUGGGUGGGGCUGGGAGAGGACAAUUAUUGACAGUGAUGUGCAAUGAAGUGACAAGAUGAGAGCAGAAUAAUAAGAGCUUUGAAUUUGAAGUGAUUUUUUUCAUAAGUUAUUUAUUCCUUUUUUUUUUUCUGUGUAAAUAUAUUUAUUUUACUGUGGAGCUCUAACAACAUCUGGAUGGUAACAUGUGCAGAAUGUAAGUAGGAAUGUAUUCUGUAGGAAUGUCAAUCUGUACUAGAAGGGGGUCUGAGCCAGACCCCUGGGUCUUCUCAUCGUAUGCACAGUCCACAUUCAUUUUUACUCUCUUCUCUAAAAUAUGGGUCUAUUUGAAAUAUGCAAAAGGUAUGGAUGAGGAAUGUUUUAAUACCUCCAAAUUUUUAAGAAAAUCAAGCAUCAAAGGGUUGAUAUUUUUAAACUUUUUUUAGUCGCACUUUCUCUCUGACAGAAGGGGCAACCACACCACUGACACCCUCAUUCACACCAAAGGGUGAGAACUAGCCAAGCCACUCCCACUGGAGGAGUGUCUUUCUCAAUUGUGCUGUUUAUUGCCAUAGCCCCUCAGAGUGUCCCAACUGCCCUGAGAUCAAUCAAGGAAAAUUUCUUAAAUAAAUAAACUCCAAAGAGCCAAGUGUCAACUUACGGAUCAUUUUUAAAGCUUAAAUUUAUUAACCACCCUUGGUGGUAAAUAAUGAAUUAUGAAUCUGCAGGGCAGCCUUCUCAGAUGACAGAUGUUAAAAAAAAAAAAAAAAAGAAAACCAACCAGAGAGAGAGACUCUACUUUGUGCAGCGAUUGUUAUUCUCUAUAUGAAUUGUCUUAAUUUCAAAAUCUUGCUGUUACAAAUUGAACCUUUAUACACUUUCUGAAAAGAAUUGAAAAAAGCAUAUUUAACCUUUUCUGGCUGUAAAUGGUUAACUUCCUGUAACUGCCAGUGGCAGUGAGGUGUGUGCGUCCUGCUUAUGUACAAUUGUUUUCAGGGCUUCUGAGAAUGAGUCUAAAUGGUUCUUGAAAAUUAGCCAGGAUCAAGUACUAUUGCAAACAAAGCCAAUAAAAAUUGUGGAUGUCUUUUGGGGAUAACAAGUUUGGAAGAGAAGUGUGGUCCAUACAACCAAGAUUUGGAACAGAUGUACAUAGCAACAUGUUUGGUGCAUGGUUUUUGAGGAGGGCUUUUGUCAAAAAGGAGGUGUAACCUUUCCCCCACAGACCUGAGAGCUGUGCCUUUUCUAUGCAAUAUUACAGACGUUACAUCAGAACCCAGAUGGUUGUAUUCACAUGUAGGUUUGAGCUGUAAUCUGAACAAUUGGACAGAUUAAAUGUACAUGGAAAUGAGCAGUCUUACUUUUGUAGUUUUAUAUUAUACAAUAAACAGUUAAAAGAUGA